CGGACAGAAAACUGUGCUUUACUUUCUCUUUCUAGAACCCUACGUCACCGAAACCCAGAAGCCAGUUGCUGGAAGGCUGGGCGAGCGGGCGUUGCUCACUUCCUCGAGGGUUUUUUGGGAGAAAGAACGGACCUGAGGAAAUAUAAAAAAGAAGAUAUGAUCGUCCAUGGAAGAAUUUCCGCCUUUUUUAAAAAUCUGGCUCCUGGUUUUUGAUAGCACGGUGAACUAAUUGGUGUUCAUUUUAAAUUUCACUGUGUUCAGAUCCUGUCGGGCAGGACAGUUUGUGCAAAGGGGUUUAUUGCGUGUUAAAACAGCGGAAGCCUUUGUAAAGUGGUUUACUUUGCGCCAAAUGGACGUUGCGUCGACUUAAAGCCUUUAGAGCAGAGGGGGUCUCGCGGGGCCUGGUGUUUCUGUGCAGAGGAGCGUGCGCAGGUGGCUGCCCGAUGGACCCGAUGGACCCGAUGGAUUGGCUUGAGAAUGAGGAACUUUUGCGGUUUUUCCACCGCCAUAAAACCGAAAUGUCCUGCAUGGAGAAACCGCACACCUUUCUCAGCCAGCUCAGGGACUACGACCUGAUCUCAGAGGACAAAUACAACAAAGUGAGUCGAAUGAAGAGUAAAGAGAACAUGAAGAAAGGCCUUUAUGACAUUCUGGACUGCUUGGAGAGAAAACAAUCGCAGCGCAUCAAGACGUUCUGGAGUUGCGUCUUCAAGGAGACCAUCAUGAACCAGUACCCCACCCUGCGGCUUCUGCGCAAUAGUCUCCUGGACGGGUCUUUCCAUUUUGAAGUGCCCGAGACCGUGGAGAAGGCAGACGAAGGGAAAAGAAAGGAGCUUUCAGAAGAUGAGGAGGAGGAGGAGGAGGAGGAGGGAGAGAAGAAGCAGAAAAACUCUGUGAAAAAGAGGAGAAAACUAAGUAGGAGCGGGUGCGAUAACGAUGAGGAGGAGCAGCCAGGUCCAUCAUCUCAGUUCACUCCAAGGAAAAAAUCCAAGAAACUAUGCUUCUCCUCCCCCCCGAAGAAGGGAGAGAAGACUGACAUUUGGAACUGGCCCAUCUACAAGCUCCAGCUGCCUGUGACCUGUGGCGACAAGGUGGGGACACUGAACAGACACAGACUGGCUGAAGGGGACGAGUGCAUUGUGGUUGAGAAGAAGUGGUUUACUCCUAAAGAAUUUGAGAGGUUUGCUGGAAAGCAGAGCUAUAAGAACUGGAAGUUGAGCAUUCGAUGUAUGGGCACCCCCCUGGGAAAACUAAUACAGGAAGGUCACCUGAAAGUAGGAAAGUACAAAGGAGGACGUAAAAAGGCCAAGCAGCCUCUGUUCCCAUCUGAUCAUUUAACAGUGUCUGAGAGUGCAGAAGAAGAAGAAGAAGAAGAGGAGGACUGGGACCGGUACAUGGAACAACAGGUUUCAUCAAGCAGCAGAGAAAGUUUCACAGAUGUCACAGAUGAAGUGGGGGAGCGGGAGGAACAGACUGAGCAGCUGCCAGGAGCCAGCAGUGACAGUGGCAGGAAGGUGUUCAAAGUUACAUGUGGAGCUUUAGCUGGGACCUUACACGAAAAACGAUUUGCGUCGGGGACUUGUGGGAAGAGUAUCCGCACUGAGAUAAGUUGGAUGACCCCAGUGGAGUUUGUGGAGAAGGCAUCAUCAUCACGUCAGUUAAAUGGCGGCUGGAGGAAAGACAUCAAGUGG